AUGAAGCGCAUGCGCAGUGUGGCCGACGCAAGUGGUUUAGCGACAGCAGCGAUGUUUACAUCUCAGGCUUCUUCCUUCCAAGAGUCCAUAGACGUAGAAGAUAAAGAUGCAGACUUCGAUAGCGAAGACCUGGCCGGAUAUGGACAGAAAAUACAGCAGAUUAACUGUUACUAUUCUAUAUAUUAUUAUCAAAGUGCGAGAGGUGAAUCUUCUGAGGAGACUGUAUCCUGGAGCCAGAGGAGAGCCGACUCCACCACGAGCCAGGAGGACUUUAGUCUAACCCUAUUGGACAGCAGCCUGCCAUCAGAGGCGGAGCCUGAGCUGCGAAGCUACAUCUCGCGCAGACUGAGUAAAGGAGCCCUGCUAGGUGGCAUGGGCAACAUCGCUACGGUGGAGCUGAGUCUUCCCGAGCAGGCAAUGGGGUGUUACUGCUGCUUCCUGGAGCAGGAGAAAUCUCCGGAACAGCCCGAGGCGAAUGGUAACGGCUGGGUGGUUUGUCUCCUCGGAGGCUCCGAGAAAGGCCUCAACCUGUUCAGAAUCGAGCUGGAUAAGUACGUGCAGGGCCUCCAGAGCAGCCUGACGCCUGAAAUGCAGAAUCUGGAGUCGGAGGUGCGGCCUUAUCUGAGCCGCUGGUACGAGGAGUCAGUCAUGCACAUCCACCGAGUGGUGCAGCUGGUGCAGGCCAAUAUCGCCUUCCUGCUUCAUGCUGCGUUGAGUCACACUCAUGUGGAGGUGACCGGAGGAGACGAGAGGACCAAGAUGGAUGUGGCGAGGUUCAUUAAAGCGGCGAGUCUUCAGGGUCUGGUGCAGGAGGAACCGAACACUACGUCGCUCUGUAAAGCCAUUUCUGAGGCCUCGCACUCGGACCUGCUUAUUGACUUCUCCGGCGGAGAGACGACGUUCACGAAUGCAGUGUCUAACCGGUUCUGUGACGAGUGGAUCCAGGCAUUUGUGAACGCAGCUGAGCGUUUUAACCCGUUCCUACUGCGCCAGAUCCUGGAGAACUUCAAGCUGAAGGCCAUCCAGGACAUGAACACCCUGAAACGCUUUAUCCGUCAGGCAGAAAUGAGCCACUAUGCUCUGUUCCGCUGCUGCCUCUUCCUGCAGAGCUGCGGAAACAGAGACGUGCUGCUACAGAACGCUCGGGCCGAACACAGCGGCCUUUCCGAAGCCUGCAGCAUCAUCCGCGUGCUGGAGGAGUUCCUCAGCGAGCAGGCUGCGGUCACGGCGCAGUGAUGCGUCCCAUCUGGAUCAGGAAUUGCCCUCUGUGCUGAUGUUGACGGUGCAGUGAGGCAACGUGGCCUGCAGGGGGCAGAGCAUAAAUGAAACGUUAUCCGCGUACAUUCCUAUGUUCCCUGUCACGCUUAAUCCUUGACUGUGAAUAUAAAUUUCGCUCAUGUACUAAUCCAGGGUGAGUGUCGUCCAGUUUGAUCUUAUAUACGCACCCACGUCUAAUAAUACACACCUCUGAUUACAUCGUCACUUUCUUCAAACACUAAUAAUGAAAAAUUGUAAAGCUUAUUAGCAGAAUUUUCCCAUCUCCGUGCUCACUGAUCACAAGCUGACAUAAGUAAGGGUUAUUAAUUAGUUUGUUGUGAAUUCUGUGAUUAUAAUCAUCACCGCUCUGUAUAGUGAAUUUAACUGAACGAAUGAAAUGAAGUUUUGUUAAUUUUUUUAAUGUUUAUUAUUUUGUGUUGUGUUUAUUCUUCUCUAAUGAGACACUGUAUCUGUGUGUGUCUUAGUGAACUUGAAUGUAACUUACUGUGAAUAAAUACACAUAAAAUA